UUCAGGUCCUGCAAUUUUUUUAAUAGCUCUCCAAGUCAAUGCAUUUCAGUUGGACAGAUGGGAAUAUGGUAUGUAUUCACUUAUAGGUCCUUCAGAAGUUUGUAACUUCUCAAAUUCCGUAGGCCUUUUCUAUGCAGCUUUGCAGGGGGGCCCCUAACUGCUGGUCUCCUAAGCGACCCAUGCUUGAUGGUCCAUCUCUACUCAGAUGAACAGAGUGAAGGCAUGAAAGAGAAUCGAGAGGAGGAAUUAUCUGAUGGAGAUAGUGUUACAUGAAGUGAUGGCACCUUUGUGCUUCUGUCUCUCAAACGCAUGUGUAUAUUUAAUGGGUUUGGUGGCCCCUGAUUGAGUACUCCAGGUUGAAUGAAGAUUACUCCAAAAAGUGUUCAGUUUUCCACUUGGGCGGCUUUAGUUAGAUCUUUGGACGGUGGAGAACUUGACUGGACUUGUCCAGUCCAAGAGAGGUCAGAAGGCAAGAUUUGUGCUGCAGAGAACAGCUGAUAUUGUGCUGCUAGGAAGAUGAAGAAGUUCUACUAACCAUCACCUCACCUUUGAACGUGGAUGUUUUGAAGAUCUAGACCUACUUGAGUUUUUGCAAGUAGCUGCUUGCGUUUUUAAAUUGUCUGGAAAAACUGAUGCUGGCGUGAACAUUAAUUCCUUAAUAAUUGCUUGUCCUUGAGCUCUGUUUACUCGAAUUCUCUGGAAAAGUUGGCAUAGAGAUUUGAUAGUAAGUAGGCCUAUGUCCAAUUUUGCAGGAAACGGACAACUUAGAUUUGUAGAAGGGUUAAACCUUCAGUCCCAAAUGCAAUCUUGACUAUGAGUGAUACGGAGAGGAAGCGUCCGGUCAUUGCUGGCAGAGAAAAAGGGCCAGGACCUGGUCGAUACAUCCUUCCACCGGCUAUCGGCUUUGUAGGCCACGAUUUCACCAAGUCAACAAGUCCUGCCUACUCCUUCCAUGGCAGGAUGAGCAACAACAUGCAUAGCAUUGACUGCAGUCCAGGGCCUAAAUACCAUAUCGAUGCCAAACUGACUCGCUUUGGGAGAGACGGCACUCCUGCCUAUUCCAUACAUGGCAGGACGGAAACUCGAGCAAUCUACUCCACCCCUGGACCAGGAGCAUACAAUCCUGAGAAAGCCUCUCUGUGCAGCAUCCAUCGCAAUCCACCGUCCCACACCAUGGGUUAUCGAACACAGUAUCGCUCCGUGGACACCGUACCUGCCCCAAACAAAUACACCCUCCCUUCUCUCAUGGGCUCCGGUGUGUUGACCAAAGCAUCCAGUGCCAGUUACACCAUCUCUGGGAGAUGCAAAGCUGGGGGUCCGUCUGAGGACUUAUCUAAAACUCCUGGUCCUUGUAGAUACAACCGCACAGAUCCCAGUGUCUACCUCCCGAGGCAGCCGGCGUUCUCUAUUCUGGGGAGACACGCUGCUGCGAGGGCGUCCACAGCGUUACCUGGUCCUGGAAGUCAUAACCCAGAGAAAGUGACUGUGCACAAGCCCACACCUCCUGCUUUCUCUUUAGGGAUCAGGCACUCUGAGUUUGUGACCCCUUUAAUAGUAGAUUAGUAGUAUCUUGAAGGCUACAUAUAGAUAUUUUUCUGUUCGGUUUGAAAUAUUUCAUUGCAUGUUUAAAAAGGUUUGCCAUUUCUCGUCUCAUAUAGUGAACUCUGAUCAUGCUUAAAAAAAAUGAUUUCUAGUCUUUUGAAUAUUGCAGAAGUGA